CCUCAGCCCCGGCCAACGUCGGAAGCACGAAACAGCGUUCUCGUUUUCACUUUUCACUGCUUCAGUUUCACGAAGUUAACACCCGUGAGGAAAUGUAAUGUGCCUGGGAACAUCUGUCUCUGGCGGGUAUGCAUCUCUGUGAAUCUCCGCCGCGUGCUGGUGUCUGCUAGCGGUCGACCGUAGCCUGCUCCCCUGAGUUUUUGAAGAAAACUGGAACUUUGUGGAUGGUUGGACUGCAAGAUUCUUUUCAAACUCCUGGGCCAAAUUCCUGUGGUCGUUGAUCCAGGCACUUGUGGAUCCUGCGGAUCUCCAGAAAGAGAAUCGUAAAUUUUCGAGAUUGGAAGAUGUUUGUACUUGAUUGGUUCUAUGGGGUUCUUGCCUCGCUUGGGCUGUGGCAGAAGGAGGCGAAGAUUCUUUUCUUAGGGUUGGAUAAUGCUGGGAAGACCACACUUCUUCAUAUGUUGAAGGAUGAGAGAUUAGUGCAACAUCAACCUACUCAAUAUCCAACUUCCGAGGAGCUAAGCAUUGGCAAGAUCAAAUUUAAGGCUUUUGACCUUGGAGGCCAUCAGAUUGCUCGUCGGGUUUGGAAGGAUUAUUAUGCAAAGGUAGAUGCUGUGGUAUAUCUCGUGGAUGCAGCUGAUAAGGAGCGGUUUGCAGAGUCGAAAAAGGAACUGGACGCACUUCUUUCAGAUGAUGCAUUGACAUCAGUUCCAUUCCUUGUCCUGGGUAAUAAGAUUGACAUCCCAUAUGCAGCAUCAGAGGAGGAGCUGCGUUACCACCUUGGGUUGAGCAACUUCACCACAGGGAAGGGGAAGGUGAGCUUGACCGACUCGAAUGUUAGGCCACUGGAGGUCUUCAUGUGCAGUAUAGUCCGUAAGAUGGGGUAUGGUGAUGGUUUCAAGUGGAUGUCUCAGUACAUCAAGUAGAUGAUUAUGGUUCGGAAAGGAAGUCUGUGCACGCCCAUCACACUAGCAUGCAAGUUAACAUCGCCUGGACUUUUUUGAACAAUUGUUUUAAAUCUCCUCUUUCCUUUGCUCAUUUUUUAGUUUAGGUUGUGCCUGAGAAUCAAAGGACCAACUACAGUACCUUAUCCCUGUGGAAAGUGAAGGUGUAAUUUCUAUCCAGUUUUGCCUUCCUGAGCUGGUCUUGCUGGAGUUUCUUUUCUUCUACUGGCUGCUGUAGAUGCUUGACCAUCGGUUCCACUUUCUUCGUGGUCCUUUGUUAUUUAUCUCAUUCGGUCAUCCUUCACACUCAAUUUCUGAUGGUUGAGCUCCCUUGUGUAUCUUAGUUGGAGCUGUUCAGGCUUUUUAGUGAAUAACUAUUGGUUGAUGGAGAAUUAUUAUUA